AUGGCUACUGUACAACCACCAACAUCUAGUCAGUCUGGACCUCUGACUUCUACUGGUAAUACGUUAAUAAAUUCAUCCACUCCCAAGGGACAAAAUAAUACUGUAGUUCCUUUGUCUCAGUCAACAGCCUAUCCGGUCUGUAUAGCGAAUGCUGGUCGUACAGACCAAUCUACAAAAACUAGACCAGAAGUAUCAGUAUAUCAAGCAGAAUCACCGAGCUUGAACGCGUUCAUACUGACAAAGCCAUUGCCUGCCUCACGUCUUCGACAAGGGGCUAUUGAAACAACUACCUCAUCAAUGCCUAUAGCUGCACAGGCAGUAGAAGCAGGAACAACCGGCCAGCAUUUGCAUGCUCGAAAUGUUAUUCCUACUCCAAGUAGAGCAGAAAGAAAAACUCAAUUUGGAAUCGACUGUGCUGAAAUGGUGCAUUUUGCUAGAUGGGAACCUGGCGGUGAACAUGUAAAAUAUUUGUCCGUCAAAAACAUAGUGAUGAAAACUCAAAAAAUCAAGUAUAAACUGCCACAAACUCGAUAUUUUUCUAUGGAAUUUCCCGAAACCCAAACGCUCAGUGCAGGAAUGAGUUGGACAGUUCCAAUCACAUUUCGACCAGUUGCCAAGGAGUGCUACCAUGAUGUCAUUGAGUUUACUACGUCUUUUGGAAAGUUCUUUUUACCCAUCAAGGCUACACUUCCCGAGCAUGUAUUAGAGUUUCCAAAAACAAUCGAUUUUUCAUUAUGCCCAGUUCGCGAAACAGCAAAAAGGACAUUCCAACUAAAAAAUACAGGAGAGCUAACCAGUUACUUUGAAUGGGAAAUCAGUGCACCUUUUGCAAUUUCUCCUCAAAAUGGAUCACUCUCUCACGGAAACAGUUGUACUAUAACGGUUGAAUUUACUCCAGUAGACGCUUCUGUAUUCACAGCAACAGUAGUAUGUUCGUUUGGAGAUAAAUCGCAUUGGGAAAAAUCCAAAGUUCGACAAGCCAUGACCGUGAAUGGAAUUGGAAAGUACUCGCACUUGACUCUUGCAUCUGACACAAACAUAUUCGAUUUUGGCGAAGUAUUCAUUGGAAAAAGCGCUGAAAAAAAGAUUGUUCUCAAGAACCAUUCAGCGGUCCCAGCCAAUUUUUGCAUUACUCGGUCGGAGCGAAAUACUGAUUCAUAUUUUGAAUUUUCAAUCUUAUCUGGUACAGUGGCUAGCAAAAAACAACUUGAUAUUGGGAUUAAAUACACGCCAAUGGCUUCUGGAAUGUAUUCCAAUGAUUACUUUAAUAUCAACACUCUUUCUGGAAAUACAAUUGUUGUAACCUGUCAAGGUUGUGGAACUGGACCAAAAGUUACCUUGAAUCCGGAUGUGGUCAACUUUCAUGACACACCUGCUGGAUCGACAGUCACAAGAGCAUUAUAUCUUCAAAACAAUGCCAACACGAGUGCAUUUUAUCAGUUUUUAGCAGAACCUGCUAGUACAUUUCAAGUUGAUAAGAUAUGUGGAAUAAUUGGUCCAAAUUCAUCGGUUGCAUUGACAGUCAAAUUCUCUCCAACCGAGCCAAUCAACUACUAUAGGCGUGUAUAUUGUCUUGUAGAGCAUCAGGAUGCAUUGCACGUCGACUUUAUUGGUACAUGCUAUAACGAUAAACGUCGACCAGCAACAUUUAAGCCACACCACAUUUCCAACUAUCAACAACGUGUUAAAAACGGACUCUGGCAAUAUGGUCCAGAGCAACUCGAAGAUAUGCUAAAAACUGGUGUUAUUUUUCUCAAUAACGGUAUACUGUCCUUUACCAAUGACUCUGUUGCAAAACAGCAUGCGCAUUCUUCCUUGGUUGAUUCGCCGUAUUCUGACGGCCUUGUUGGAAGCGAGUAUUUUUACGAGAAUACUGGACCGACAGUAGCUGCCUCUCUUGUCAAUAGCUAUGUUGAUUUUGGUGCAUGUUCGCGUUAUCGAAUCAUUGAGCCUCAAGUUAUUUGUAUCUCUAACAAUACCAAAGGGAAAAUGUCGUGCGUAUGGGUUAUUCCUGGAGAAGCUGAUGGCGAGGAGCCAACGUUUUCAGUGACACCCAAAGUUGCUGAUAUCCUAGCAAAAAGUACUAUGCAGUUUAAAGUUAAUUUUCGACCAACAGUAGAUAAUUCAUUUUAUGGUGCUCAGCUGGAAUGCUUUGUCUAUUAUAAAAGCAUGCGAAAUUUUAGAUUGGUAAACGAAGACACGUUCACUCCAUCAUGGUGUUUGACUCCAACAGUUGCGGGAAACACGUUUACUGCUGGAGAGGAUACUUUUAUACCAAAAAUUUCGUUUGGAGCUACAAAGCUUGAUUUUCCCGCAUGUCAUGUAGACAAAUCUGUAUAUCGCACGGUACAAGUAACCAAUUUAGGCGACACAUUUGUCAAAUUUUCAUUCCUAGAAAACAGCAGCCAGCCAAAUACCGAAACCAAUGCUAUUUCCGAGUUUAAUUCAAAAUCCAACAAUGUAUUUUCGGCGAAGCCUCAACAUGGUAUUUUACACAAGGGCGAAUCUCGACUAAUUGUUUUUCGAUUUUCUCCAUCCGAGCAAAAAGAGUAUUUACAAGCCCUCAAGUGUUAUUUUAACAACUCACUUGGCAAUAGCUAUGCAAGUAUUAGAUUGGGUCUUCAAAUGCAUGGAGUAGGUCAUUAUCCACGGAUUACAUUUGAUGGAAAUGGCGUCUUGUGUUUCAAACCAACGUGUAUUGGAGCCAUUGCAGUGCGUCACUUUGUCAUACGCAACACAUCUCGCAUCUUGGUGAACUACAAGUGGCAUAUUCCGGAACAAUACAACUCAGUUGUAUCCAUUGAGCCAUUGAGCGGUAUUUUGGCUUCAAACAGCAGUGCGAAUUUGAUUUGCACCUUUGCUCCCAAUUGCACUAGCAAUUACUCGCUAGUAUUGCCCUGUUACUACUCGCACGAAAUUACAAACGAAACAUCUGCUAUUGUCAAGAAAAAAGCAAGUUUCACCGUAUUUGGACGUGGUAUUAUAGGAACCAUUGUUGCAAAGCCACAAGUGGUCGACUUUGAAACUAUACUUGUAAACACUGUUUCUGAAAAAGAGAUUUUACUGUUCAAUCCAAGUGAAUGUGACGUAUUUUACACUCUUGAGAUAUAUCGCAAAAAACCAAGUACAGGCACGCAUGGGAAAAUUGAUAUAGUAGAAGAGUUAUUGGAGAAUGAUAUUACGGUAUCUGAAUUGGAAAUUGUUCAAAAACUACGAUCCUUGCCGGCUCGGUCAAACCAAGCUCUGAAAAUCAAAGCAUGUGUGCACGAACAAACUCGACAAGAGUUUCAUGUGUAUUAUCGAAUUCAAGAUCAUACACUUACAGAUACAGAGGGACGCUUGACGCCAAGUGUAUUGCAAAAGAAGAGAAAAGUCCAGCGCUAUCAUUUAUGCGAUGUUGUCGCAGUUGGAGUUCAUCCUGUCGUUCAAGCAUCAUAUAUUCACUGCGAGGGAAUUAGCAAAACUAUACUAUGGGAAAUGUUUUCUUUGAACAAGUUUAAUGAAAUUCUUCGAGAACCAGAAACAGGUCAGAAUGCAUACGCUGAGCAAACUCUAGACGAUAAUAAUUCAUUUCCGAUCGAUUUGCCUAUGCAACUCACUCCAAAUCAAAACGAAAUUAAUUUUGAUUUUGGCGCUACUUCAGUCAGCUGCAAACCGACACUGCUCAGUUUAACAUUGACAAACAGCGGGGUUGUGUCAGUUGAUUGGGUGUUUCAUUUCCCCAACGAUCUCGAGGUGGAGAUUGAGCAUUGGGCCGAUCCAGGAGACUAUACUGAAGAGCAACUUCAUCAAAAUUUGAUAUUAGAUAAUAAUAUCUUUUGUGUAACGCCAAAGCAUGGAAGUCUUUGUCCAGGAGAAUCGGUCAAUGCUAUCAUGUCCUAUAGCCACGAGUUUGCAGGCUCGCAUAAACUAGCCGUAGUGUUUAAGCUUUAUAACGGCACAUCACAAUCAGGAAAGGAAAUUAUGAUUAAUUUUACGGGAUACUCUGUUCCACCAGCCAAAAAGUAUUUGCAAAUACAAGCUGCCACUCAUGAAUUAGUUCCGAUCUUUAUUGGAACCACGGAUCCUCCAAUCCAAACAUAUCGUCUAAUGAAUCGUGGUGCGGUAUCUCUUGAAUAUAGUAUCGAUACAUCGUCCCUUGAACGACUAAAGGAAGAUAACCACAAUUUUGAAGUUUUCAAAUGCCUACAUACAUCUGGGUGUAUUCCGCCAGGAGGAUAUGAAUAUGUGCAAUGGCUUUUUCACCCAUUGGAAGAAAAGAUAUACGAGAUUGACAUUCCAAUUUCAAUUGUUUCUGGAAAAUCAUACAUGGUUACACUGAAAGGAAAGGGCGAGCGACCAUUGGAUAUACAUAAUGAAGAAAGGCUUGAUCCUAAAUCAUAUCAAGUCAGUACUUUUGAAACACAGACGUCAUACGCUCAAAAUCAUAUUGCUGCUCUAUCUCUGGAAAAUAUUAACUUUGGACAUGUUCCAUUAGAAUCUACAAUGAGACAGGUUAUUGGGGUUCUCAACACGAGUAAUACUGCUGAUAUUUUUUUCAAAUGGAGUGUUCCAACCUAUUGGCCUUCUGGAGAAAUCAUGAUUACUCCAUUGGAAGGACGAUUAAAACCAGGUGAAAGUCGAAUCUGCAAAGUUGUUUUUAGUCCAAAACAUGAUUGCAGAAUUUACGAUAUGGAUAUUGUGUGCAAUGUUGGCAAUGCCACAGAAAUGGAAACACUGUCUGCUCAAAGAGAUGGUGUUAAUAUAGUUUCGAAACAAGAAAAAUGUACUGGCGUUUCUGAAGCAGUAUCACUUCGCGACUCUAUACAGACCAAGGAUCGCUGCUUGUCGCUAAACAACACGGUAGGCAGUUUGGGAGUAGAUAUCAGUCGAUUAAAGUAUCGAACACUGCCUGCCAUUUCGUCACCAACCCCUAAUCAAAGUCAGUCAACAACCUCCGAAUCAAAAAGAAGAGUCAAGGUUGAAUCUACUCACGAUAGCGUCAGAUUGUCACCUCACUCGGCAAGAUCUGGUGUCAGUGAUUGUGUUCCAUUAGAGUCGAGUAGAGUUCCUGUUUCAUUUCAGAAAUUUGUUUCAAUUCGUGCAAGAACAUACAAGGCUGAAGAAUUUCGUCGUUUAUUUAAAGGAUACGAUCAGUUUUAUCAGAACCGUCAACAAGAACAAGUGCGCAUUUUUGAGCCAAAUCAUGACAUUGUGUCUAACCAGGAAGAAAAGAAUGCAGUUCAGUCAAUGAUACAGUCACUAUUAAGCGAUAUUUUCCAAGAUCCAGAUGUACUUGGAAUUCCUACAGAUACACUAAAUGGAUCGCUGUUUUACUAUGCCCAAAUUGCUUCAAAUCCCAAUUUAGGCAUAGUUCUUCAAAGUACUGAUUCGGCUUGCACUGCAUCAGCAGUAAAAACCAUUGACAAGCCUGACCGAUUAUCUCAAAAAAAUCACAGUGAAUUUGUAUCCGAUUUAUCCAUCAUUACAUGCGAGGAAUUCCAAAAUGCUGUAGAAGCAGUAUUGGAGGGAACACUUUAUAAUCUUAUUCAGGAAGCAAAUGCUGGUGAAUUUCAAUGGCACAAAUAUCCCAUUUUAUUUGAUGAAACCAAACUUUUUGAACAGGUGGUACAGAAAUAA